GCCGAGCGCGGAGCUGCCGCCGUUCCGCGGGAGGAGCGAGCCGGGGAGCCGCCGGAGGAUGAGCGCCGGGAGCGGCGGCUGGAGGACGACGGCGGCGGCGGCGGAGAGGAAAGCGAGGAAGGCGCGGAGCCUGACCCGCCGCCACCCCCGGCCGGCUGGGCAGCCGCGGGUCUCCCCGUAAGCGCCGAGGAUGCCCUGCCUGGACCGGAGCGCGGCUCGCUUCGCCGGACUUGGGCGCUCGCCUCCGGGGGACCGCGGCGGCCGCCUCGCCUAGGGCUCCGGAGCGGGCUCCGGAUGCGUCGCGGGGUGGCGGCGACGGCGGCGGCACUGUCGGCGGCUGGCACGGAGCCCUUCUCCCCGGCGGGCGAGUGGCUGUCUGGAAAUAAGAACUCCGGUGGGAUGUAUCCAGCGAGCCUUCUCCUCCUGCCAGUCGGCCGACACACCUUUUUGGAACCCUUGCUAUCCUGAGGAGAGAAGGAACUAUAAACACUUUAUCAUGGACCUGAGGGAUUUUUACCUGUUGGCUGCCCUCAUUGCCUGUCUUCGGCUGGAUUCUGCCUUCGCCCAAGAACUUAUUUACACCAUUCGGGAGGAGCUGCCGGAAAACGUGCCCAUUGGGAACAUACCAAAGGAUUUGAACAUCUCUCACAUCAGUUCUGCCACAGGGACCAGUACAAGUCUUGUCUACAGACUGGUGUCCAAAGCAGGGGAUGCCCCUUUGGUCAAAGUGUCCAGCACGACGGGGGAGAUCUUCACCACCUCCAACCGAAUCGACCGGGAGCGCCUCUGCGCCGGAGCCGCGUACGCGGAGGAGAACGAGUGCUUCUUCGAGCUGGAGGUGGUGAUUCUCCCCAACGACUUUUUCCGGCUGAUCAAGAUCAAAAUCAUCGUGAAGGAUACCAAUGACAACGCCCCCAUGUUCCCUUCGCCGGUCAUCAACAUCUCCAUCCCGGAAAACACUCUGAUCAACAGCCGCUUCCCCAUACCCUCGGCUACGGACCCCGAUACCGGCUUCAACGGGGUGCAGCACUACGAACUUUUGAACGGGCAGAGCGUCUUUGGGCUGGAUAUAGUGGAGACUCCGGAAGGCGAGAAGUGGCCACAGCUGAUUGUCCAGCAAAACCUGGACAGGGAGCUGAAAGACACGUAUGUAAUGAAAAUCAAAGUUGAGGACGGAGGAACCCCCCAGAAAUCCAGCACGGCUAUCCUCCAGGUCACAGUAAGUGAUGUCAAUGACAACAGGCCGGUUUUUAAAGAGGGUCAGGUGGAGGUGUACAUCCCCGAGAAUGCCCCCAUAGGGACCUCCGUCAUCCAGCUUCAUGCUACAGAUGCAGACGUAGGAAGCAAUGCAGAGAUCAGAUAUAUUUUUGGUGCCCAGGUUGCUCCUGCAACUAAAAGACUCUUUGCUUUAAAUAACACCACUGGGCUGAUUACAGUUCAGAGACCCUUAGACCGGGAGGAGACUGCUAUUCACAAAGUGACGGUGCUGGCAAGCGAUGGCAGCUCCACGCCUGCCCGGGCAACAGUUACCAUCAACGUGACUGAUGUUAAUGAUAACCCCCCAAACAUAGAUCUCAGGUACAUUAUAAGUCCCAUCAACGGCACAGUGUACUUAUCUGAGAAAGACCCUGUCAAUACCAAGAUUGCCCUAAUUACAGUCUCAGAUAAGGACACAGAUGUGAAUGGCAAAGUUAUCUGUUUCAUUGAGAGAGAGGUGCCAUUCCACUUGAAGGCUGUCUAUGAUAACCAGUACUUGUUAGAGACUUCUUCCUUGCUGGACUACGAGGGCACCAAAGAAUUCAGCUUUAAGAUAGUGGCCUCCGAUUCCGGCAAGCCCAGUCUGAACCAGACCGCCCUAGUAAGAGUUAAGCUCGAGGAUGAAAAUGACAACCCUCCAAUUUUCAGCCAGCCGGUAAUUGAGCUGUCAGUUUCCGAAAACAACCGCCGUGGUCUGUACUUAACCACUAUUAGUGCCACGGAUGAGGACAGUGGGAAAAAUGCAGACAUUGUGUAUCAGCUUGGCCCCAAUGCUUCCUUUUUUGAUUUGGAUAGAAGGACGGGGGUUUUGACAGCCUCUCGAGUCUUCGACCGAGAAGAGCAGGAGAGGUUCAUUUUCACGGUUACGGCACGAGACAACGGCACCCCGCCCCUGCAGAGCCAAGCCGCUGUCAUAGUUACGGUACUAGACGAAAACGACAACAGUCCCAAAUUCACUCAUAACCAUUUUCAGUUCUUUGUGUCGGAGAACUUACCAAAGUACAGCACCGUGGGAGUGAUCACAGUCACUGACGCAGAUGCAGGCGAGAAUAAAGCUGUGACCCUUUCCAUCCUGAACGACAAUGAGAACUUUGUGCUGGAUCCUUACUCUGGAGUUAUAAAAUCAAACGUGUCUUUUGAUCGAGAGCAGCAGAGUUCCUACACCUUUGACGUCAAGGCCAUCGACGGUGGGCAACCGCCCCGUUCAUCGACCGCAAAAGUCACUAUAAACGUCAUGGAUGUUAAUGACAACAGUCCUGUGGUCAUUUCCCCGUCUUCUAACAUUACUUUCAAACUGGUGCCCCUUUCGGCUAUCCCCGGAUCCGUGGUAGCGGAAGUAUUUGCUGUUGACAUCGACACGGGAAUGAAUGCCGAGCUUCAAUACACCAUUGUCAGUGGAAACAACAAAGGUUUAUUUCGUAUCGACCCAAUGACGGGUAACAUUACCCUGGAAGAGAAGCCGACUCCGACUGAUGUGGGGCUGCAUCGGUUAGUGAUCAACAUCACUGACCUGGGUUAUCCUAAAUCCCUGCAUACCCUGGUCCUCAUGUUUUUGUACGUCAACGACACGGCUGGAAACACCACGUAUAUCAACGACUUGAUCCGCAGGACUAUGGAAACCCCCUUGGACAGGAACAUUGGAGACAGCAGCCAGCCCUACCAAAACGAGGACUACCUUACCAUCAUGAUCGCCAUUGUUGCGGGCGCCAUGGUGGUCAUCGUGGUGAUCUUUGUCACCGUCCUGGUCCGCUGCCGCCACGCCUCCAGGUUCAAAGCGGCUCAGAGGAGCAAGCAAGGCGCCGAGUGGAUGUCCCCCAACCAGGAGAACAAACAGAACAAGAAGAAGAAGCGGAAGAAACGGAAGUCCCCUAAGAGUUCCCUGUUGAAUUUUGUUACCAUUGAGGAGUCCAAACCGGAGGAUGUGGUUCACGAACCUAUCAACGGGACUAUUAGCCUUCCAGCUGAGCUGGAGGAGCAAAGUAUAGGAAGAUUUGACUGGGGCGCCGCGCCGCCCACCACCUUUAAACCCAACAGCCCUGACCUUGCUAAGCAUUACAAAUCUGCCUCCCCGCAGUCUGCUUUUCAUCUGAAGCCUGACACUCCCGUCUCGGUGAAAAAGCAUCACGUGAUCCAAGAACUCCCUUUGGACAACACCUUUGUUGGGGGUUGUGACACCCUUUCCAAACGCUCUUCCACUAGCUCAGAUCACUUCAGUGCCUCAGAGUGCAGUUCCCAAGGAGGCUUCAAGGCAAAGGGCCCCUUGCACGGCCGACAGGCACUGAAUUUUGGAGAUAUGCCGAAGUACUUGUGGGAGAUUUGGGUACCUGACAAACCAUGGGUGUCCCAGCGCCGUGUUACAUUUCACCUCCCUGAUGGUUCGCAAGAAAGCUGCAGUGACAGUGGUCUAGGAGAUCAUGAACCUGUGGGUAGUGGAACCCUGAUCUCACACCCUCUCCCUCUGGUUCAGCCGCAGGACGAAUUCUACGACCAGGCCUCACCGGACAAGAGGACCGAAGCUGAUGGCAACUCCGACCCCAACUCUGAUGGACCUCUCGGCCCCCGAGGAUUAGCUGAAGCGACAGAAAUGUGCACUCAAGAAUGUCUGGUUCUGGGUCAUUCGGACAACUGCUGGAUGCCUCCCGCUUUGGGUUCAUACCAGCAGCCAAAAUCUCCGCUCUCCACCUUUGCGCCUCCGAAGGACUGGAUUAAGAAAGACAAACUGGUGAAUGGACAUACAUUGACCAGAUCCUGGAAAGAAGAUAGCAACAGGAACCAGUUCAGUGAUCGAAAGCAAUUUGGAUCAGGGGAAGGGCAUUUCAACCCCACUCACAUGACUGACAUUCCUUUGGCUAACUUGAAGGCCUAUAAACAGGCCUCGGCGGCCGUGGAGAGUCCAAAGGAGAACCAGCUAUAAGGAAUGGCUUCUUUGGAACAGUGACUUUAGCCUAGUUAGACUUGCUAAUACUGUAUGUGUGUUUGUGUGUCAGAGCUUUAUGUACUGAGUAGACCUCUAGAACUAUGCGUCACAUAGCAGAGAUAUGCAUAACUUUGUGGUGACUCCACGGAACUGCAAUGCAAAAGAGCAUUUCUACUAGUUGUGUGCUUUUCGUUAAAUAGACCGAAUCAAACUCUUACAGAGAAUCUCUCCAGUUUGCAAAUCUUUUUUUUUUUUAAAAUGGUUUCUGGGGAGGGGCUUGAGGGCUUUGUUUGGGGCUUUCUUUUCUUUGUUUUUGACCCUGGAUUGCUGCUGUGAACAGUUGAAGAUAUAUUUGGAGAGUGAGAGCGAGAGAGAAAGAGAGUGAGAGAAAAGUGGAUUGCAAUUGUUUUAAAAAGCAUAUCCGAUUAGAAAGGGAAAAAUGUGUUAUUGUCGCCAUUGCGCUGGCACUGCUACACUUGACAUCUUUUACUGAAACAAAACAACUACAAUUACAAACAUUAAACCUACUGAGCGAUUAACUCUGUUAGUGGAGACUCGUUAAGUCGAUCAGUGUUCAAGUACUUGUAAAUAGGAUCAAUUAUUAUUAAUAACUUUUGUGUACUUAUAACGUUCACCUUAAAAAAAAUACUGUAGCAUAAUUCUGUGUUUCACAGUUGCUUUUUUCCUUUCUUUGUUUCAUUUUGCUUCCUGUUGCUUUGGUUUUGUUCCCCCUUUCUUUUGGUGAUGGUGUUUCAGUGUUGGUAGUCUGUCUGACACACAAUGUUCCCAGGAACUCAAAACACUUGUGUUAAAAUAAUGACAGGAAAAGGGAGGAAUAAUAUUUUGUUUUGCUUUUGUUCUUGUAUUAAAAUUGUAUACCAUUUUUUUCCAAAAAAAUGGAUUUGAAGCAAGAGUACUGAAAUUUUAGCCACUUUUUAAAAAAUUAUUCAAUCUGCAAAGUAAAAGGGGAAGCAGGUGCCAGUUAGGGUCUCAAUGCUACCUUAGCAAAUCCUGGGAGACCUGGGGUGGGUGAGGGAAUAACCAGGGAAGGAUUUAAUAUCACUUCUGGGUGACACUCCAGGAACUUGCCAAAUCUCUAUAGUAAAGACCAUAGAGACUAGCGAGAUUUCCUAGAGUGCUGCUAUGGAGGCCACUUGCUUCCUUCUGCUUUCUUGAAAAUGGGAUAUUGGAACUAGGGCUGGAAAUUUCCCACUGGGUCCAGGCUAUUGGUAAGCCUUGUGCCAGCAGUUAAAUAUUUUAUUAAGAAACAUUCAGAUGUUAGCUGCAAUCACUCUGGAUAGUAAUAUUACCCCAAAAUUUCAGUAAGUGGAGGAUAAUUUGCCUAGGACACAAUCUGCUAGAAAACUUUCCUGCCCAUGCCCUAAUUGGAUGACUCUGCCCAAUGCCCACGUAGCUUAAUGAGGCCUACACAGGAGACCUUCCUGGUGCAUUGCCCCCAAUACCAGUAGCUAAUGAUUGCUUUUUUUCCACUAUUUGGCCAAGUGUGUGUCUAUACCUAAUACAGUUUGUAUUGCUCAAAUGGCAGCGGUUGUGUUGAUCCUCAUCUGCAUCGAUGUUGUAGUAACACAAGUGUUUUUAGAUCAUAGCCACAAAAUAUUUAAUGUGUUGUGCCUUCAUGAUGUAAUCGAGCAUUCUCCUGGUAGGCUAGUUGGGGGAAACAAAAGGGUCAAAUCUCUAAUUCUUGCUGUUUAACUGUUUGUUACCAUAGUUGGUCAAUGCCUGGCAGGUACCAGUGUCACGGUCACUUGACUCAAACCAGCGAAGUGACCCGCCAUGUUAAAUAAGACCUCAGUUGCACGUCUAAGAAAUUCUAAUCUGACCAUCCUUAGGUGGUUUUUAUUUUCUUAAGGCAUGACAGACAAAUUAAACAUAGCAUGCAACAUAGCAGGAAAACAGAAGUCCUUAAUGGGAAUAAAAAGGAAAAGUUAUCUUAUGCCACAGUUAAACAUCUUUUAAAAUAAAUACAAAAAAAGGUUGCUAAUAUUAAUGGUUAAUUUGUUCUUACCAAAAAGAAAUAAAACUAACGGAAGUUAUUUUGUAUAUAGCAGUUCACAUUUUCUUUCCUCCACAGUAUAUGAGCAUAAAAAAUGGGAUAGGGGUGCAUUGCUUAUUGCGGUACUUUUGUCAGUUUGUGAGGGGUGUUUGAUGACUUUGACCGAAUAAAUAUCUAAACAGUUAUCCAUGUUACUGCUUUGCCAGCUCAACGUUAUUUACAGUUAUUCGGCUCUUGCAAUAAAUGUUCUGAAUUCCU